AUGGGCGAACUGUACUGGGAUAACGCAGGCAUUCUGGUUCAACCGUACGGCAAGGAAUGGCAAAUACGCCGACGUAUGCUGCACCAAGCCCUGAAUCCAUCUGCACUGAAACUAUACAAGCCUGUUCAAGAGGCGGAGGCAGCGAGAUUAUGCCGGGCGCUACUCGAUCAACCCAAGUCAUAUGAAGGACUUAUCGAUCGGUUUACAGCGAGUGUGGUAUUCAGCAUUGCGUAUGGCCACAGAAUUGACUCGAUGAGUUCGGAAGUCAUCCGGCAACGUCUUGAAUUUAUGCAGUAUUCUGCGUCUCUCAAUGUACCAGGGAGAUAUCUGGCCGAGUCAAUUCCCUGGCUGAAAUACGUCCCCGACUUUCUUGCACCAUGGAAAGCAGAGAUCCAGCGGAAGGGCCGCGAAGAAGCGGCGACGAACGUGGCACUGCUACGUCGAGUUCAAGAUGAGCUUCACAAUGCCAAAAGGCCGUCUGACGUACCAGACUCUCUAUCCAAGUUGCUUCUUGAAGCUCGAGAGGCAGACCCUGCUACAUUUGGCGUUCUCAGCGAAAGAGAUUUCUCAUUUGUACCAGCAUCGCUAUUUGGAGCCGGUAGUGACACGACCGCGAGUACGUUGUGCAGUGCAAUCCUCAUGCUGGUGACAAAUCCACAAGUACAAGCCGGAGCACACGCAGAGCUCGAUCAUAUCGUGGGAAUGACGCGUCUUCCCACAUUCGACGAUGAGGAUAACCUCCUUUAUCUCAAAGCUCUCUGUAAUGAAAUACUUCGCAUUAGACCCGUCGCUGUUCUCGGAGGUACACCACAUGCAAACUCGGUUGCAGAUACCUACAAGGGUUACUACAUACCGCAGGGCACGACCAUCCUCUCCAAUUCAUGGGCAAUCAAUCUCAACCCAACAUACUACCCGAACCCGCACCAUUUCAACCCACUCCGUUUCUUGGGCAUCCGUCCAGAGUCACUCUCCUAUCUUUCAAAGUCCUCACCAGAAGAUCUUGCGGAAAUGUCUCCACCACGACCCCAUCCUGCGAAAGAGGGACAUAGCUCCUUUGGCUGGGGACGACGUAUCUGUCCAGGAGCGGGAUUAGCACAUAAUUCCUUGUUCAUUUCAUUGGCGCGUCUCUUGUGGGCGUUUGAAUUCAGACCGGCACGUGAAGCUAAUGGUGCCGAGAGAAGAUAUGAUACCUUUGCCUAUACCCAAGGCUUUAAUAUUCGGCCUCAGCCGUUUGAAUGUGAGAUUUCUGUACGGAGCGAGACGCACCGACAGGUCUUGAUGGCUGAGGGUAUCAGUGCUGAGAAAGUGAUGAAUCGUUUCCCUCCUUUUGAAGAAUAG